CUUUUACAUGGUGUGUAAUACCAUGCUGGUGCUGGAGAUGUAUAUUCUAACCUAUACAUGAAAUUUUUUCUUUAAUUAUUUAACAAUUUUUUGUUAAUUAAUUGUUGUCUUUACAAAAUGUUGUCACGAAUGUCAUUCAGUGUUGCUGCUCAAAAUGUUACUAAAUCACAAUCUUUUAUCAAGUUUCAGAACAAAACUACAAAUCGAUCUUUACAUUUAAUUUGCCGAACACGAAUAUUACCGGCGCCAAAUAUUUUCAAGUCUAAAACAAAUGUGGAAUUAAAUUUCAUUCGUCAUGCAAGUAAAAAAGAGAUUGUUGACACUUUUGGUUUUAUACCCGAAGCACCAAUGCCUGAAACGAUUAUUGAACCUGAAGUGGCUGAAAAAAUUAGUGAAAUUGCAAGUGCUGGUCUAGGAAGUUACUGGACACCUGUGGGUUGUGUACAAAAUACAUUAGAAUUUUUACACUCAACUUUAGAAAUUCCUUGGUGGGCAUCUAUAAUCGCACUCACUGUUGUUGUGCGAUUAGCGUGUUUUCCACUGGUGAUAAAGGCACAAAAAGCGACAGCAGAGUUAUCUAAAUAUCUGCCCGAAAUUCUAAAUAUACAAGAUAAAAUAACGAGAGCUCGGAAAGCAGGAGAUAAAGAAGCAGUUGAACGAUACGCAAUUGAAUUACACCGUGCGGUGAACGGUAAAGAACUUAUUCCUUUUAAACCUUUUGUUCCAUCAGUCAUACAAGGAUCACUUGCUUUGUCAGUAUUUUUAGCUCUUCAAGGAAUGGCAAAAGUUCCUUUGAAAAGUAUGGAGGAAGGGGGUAUAUUCUGGUUCACAAAUCUUUGCGUUAACGAUCCUUAUUAUAUAUUGCCUUUAAUGAGCUGUGCAACGCUAACACUGCUAUUGAAAAGUUCUUUAAAUACAAUGCCAAUGGAUAAAAUAACGAAAAAAUUGUUUAUAUUUGUUAUGCCUAUUGGCAUUCUCUUCUUCAUUAAGUCAUUCCCAGCGAGUACUCUUGUGUACUGGGUGACGACAAAUUCUGUUACACUUUUACAACAUCACGUGUUAAAAAUUCCUUCUGUUAAAAACUAUUAUGGUCUUCCGAGUUUUGAAAAUACUGAAAAAAAUGUGGUGUCACCUGGAAAUUUUCUAGAAAGUCUUCACAGCAACGUGGAAAACAUGAAAGUUACACAACAAUUCAAUGAGAGAAUUUAUCUUCAAAAUAUGGAAAAAACUAAAUACAAAAGGCAACAGACUAAAGUUCCUGAACAAAAGAAAAUGAAACGUUAAAUGUAAAUAAAUUUGUGAAAAUCGUAUUGCGUGUUGAAAUUGUAUUUAUAUAUGAUAAAUAAUGUAUAAAUUAGAAAAAAGAAUUAUUAAAAUAACAUUUGAUUUAUUA